CCUGAGAUAAGCCAUUACCGUAUAACCUUCGGCUCUCAUUAGUUACACAACAAAAACAUUAAAAAACGGUGAACAAUUGUUUAUUCUCAGUGUAAAAAAGCCCGACAAAUCAUCCCCAAGUCCUCAAUAAUUAUUCAAAGUGAUUCCACUUCGAUGACACGGUGAUAAUAAUUCACAAUUAACAAAAAACCAAUGUGAGAGAAUGAGGUUCUGUUUGUGGAUCUAAUUCAUAAAACAGAAAGCGCGAAUAAUUCCGGAAUUAUCAGUUGAUUGAUCAAGAAGAAAAUAAUUGUCAACCAUGUUACGUUACGGUGGAAUUCUCACUCGCAACUCCUUCUUCAAUACGAACAUCUCAUUAAAAAUAAAACAUUUCCCACGUGAGUUGUCAACACCGACCGAAAUUCUCAUCUCAUCACCAUCAAAAAUCCAAUGCAGUCAAAAUUUCCAUACGAAUCUUUGGCGACUAUCUCCAGUAGCUUCGAAAGACACUGAAGACGUUCGCAAAUUAAAAAUUCAAAAUCUCUUCAACGACAACGAACUCCAAGAAUCAAUUAAAAAUGAUGCAAUCAAAAAUAAUAAAUUAUCUAAGACAUCGGGAGUGAAUGAUGCUCCAUCACCUCGAACUGUUCACCACGUGCGUUUGAAGGACAAAUAUAGUAUCGCAGAUAUCGAGAGAAUGUACAAACACCCAAAGGCGAAGAUCCAUGAAAUCUAUCAGACAGUGGGGAAUCAGGUGCCGAAGACCUGCGUGAAUUAUGAAUUCCAGAAGGCAGGCAAGAACAUUGACAAAUGGUGCUGCACAGUUAGUGUCACAUGGCCCGAGGAAUUAUUAUUUUCAGCUAUUGCAAACACAAAACUUUUGGCUGCUCAUUCAGCUUCAUUGAAACUUCUACACCACCUCGAGAAUGAAAAAAAACUGCGAGAUGGAAAACCGAUAGUUUUCAGUGGCAUCGAUAUAAAGGAGCAAGCGAAUAAGCCAGUGCCAUUAAAUAUAACGACAGAGUCUCUCGAAGAAGUGAAAUUCAUUGUGGGAAAAUAUGAAACUGACAUACGGGAUCUGCUAUCGAAAUUUGAGGCAGAGGCUCAUGCAAACUCAGCAUCUUCAAGACAUUAUGAGUCUUGCUUUCAAACUGGAGCAGUCAUAGAUCCGGUGGGCAAGUCGAAUCCUGUGAACCGAUUGCAAGCAAAAAUUGUAGAUCGGAAUAGAGUCCUUCAAGCGCGUUAUGAGGAUCGAAUUUUGCGUAGUCCUCCCUCGGACCUUCCAAUCACCGAUUAUCGAGACCAAAUAAUUGAUACCAUUGAGAGUAAUCAGGUUGUCCUGAUCAAGGGUGAUACUGGUUGCGGUAAAACCACGCAAGUUCCCCAAUACAUCAUGGACCACUUCGCGAAAAAAUCACAAGCCACAAACUGCAACAUUCUUGUUGCUCAACCCCGUCGAAUAUCAGCAAUCUCUCUCGCAGAACGUAUCGCAGAUGAGCGAAAAGAGCAAGUGGGUGAUGUGGUUGGAUUCCAAGUGCGACUAAGCCAAGAGCUGCCCAAUACACCAGCUGGAAUUCUUUUUUGCACAACAGGAAUUCUCCUCCGUAAGCUCCAAUUCAAUCCAAAGCUGGAGGGCUGCUCCCACGUCAUCGUAGAUGAGGCGCACGAACGAACAAUCAAUACAGACAUGUUACUGGCACUUCUGAAACGUGCUGUGGUCAUCAACAAAGACCUCAAGGUGAUAAUCAUGUCUGCGACAAUAAAUGCCGAGUUAUUCCAGAAUUAUUUCAACUGUAAAGUGAUAGAAGUUCCAGGACGAGUCUAUCCAGUUGAGGCUCAUUACUUAGAGGACAUCGACAGUCUAGGAUUACAAACGCAAAAUUCUUACAGCGGAAUGCUCUUCGAUGACAGACGACCGAUAACCACAGACGUCCUGCAGGAUACCCCAAAUAUUGAUUUGGUUAAAAUGGGAGAGCUCAUCGUUUGGAUAACGAAGAACAAGCCACCAGGUGCUAUUCUGUGUUUUUUACCUGGUUGGGCAGAGAUAUCACAAAUGCGAAAGUACCUGGAAGAAUACAGUGUUCUCUCGAGACGAAAGGAUGACGUUAUGAUCGUUCCACUUCACUCAAAGAUGGCUCAUUACGACCAGAGGAAAAUCUUCGACACGCCGCCACCCCACGUGCGAAAAAUCGUUCUAGCUACUGACAUUGCUGAGACUGGAAUAACAGUUACUGAUGUUGUCUACGUCGUUGAUUCCUGUACCCACAGACAAUUGCAGUGGCACGAGAAACUAGGAAUAUCAUCAAUCAAAAAUCAAUGGGCAUCCCAAGCAAACAUUAACCAACGAAAAGGAAGAGCUGGAAGAGUUCAACCUGGAGUUAGCUACCACUUUGUCACGAGGGAGAUGUUUAACAAUUUGCUGCCACAUCCAAUACCGGAAAUAAAGCGCUCCUCUCUGGAGAAGACUGUUCUUGAUGGAAAGACUUACAGCAGUAAUGAAAAAGCUCUUGAAUUUUUUGGAAGUGUACCAGAGCCACCAGCACCUGUGGUAAUUGAACAAGCGGUGAGGGAUCUCGUUGAGCUCGGGGCCCUCGAUCACCAGGAGAAUUUAACACCUCUGGGAAAACGAAUUGCCUUCUUCACAGUGCAGCCUAGAUUGAGCAAAGCUCUGCUGUACUCUUCGAUAUUCAAUUGUGUAUCACCCAUGCUGACGAUAUCAGCUGCAAUGGCAGCAGAGAGCGACAUUUUCACUGGAGUUUUACAGAAUAAACAAGCUGUGAGAGAUGUCAAGAAACAGUAUCACCCGACAAGUGACCACACUAGUCUCGUUUGGCUCUAUCAGCAGUGGCUGUCUUAUGCCAAUGCUGGUAAAUUCCAGGCUCGUGAUUUUUGUUUCAAAUCAAGACUCUAUCCUGAGAGAAUGUACACAUUGAACAAAGUAAGAGAACUGUAUGGGGAGCAUCUUCUGCAUGCAAAGAUGAUCGAUUGCCCGAAGGAGUACCAUAAUCUCAAUGAAAAUGCUAAUGAGUAUGCAGAACUUGAUGAGAUGGUGAGAGGUGUUUUGCUGUCUGGAGUUGAUCAAGUUAUUUACCAGAGGGACUUUGAAAUCAGAAAUGGACUGCUGAAGAAGGGGAGCUCGACUUUUGUAACUGAAAAUGGAACAAGGGUUUCUAUCACUCCGGAUAGUGUGAAUUUCAAAAGGAAAAAGUGGCCUAGUCCGUAUUUAACGUAUGUCAGGAGCACUCACAGCGAGGAAAGGAGGAUGAGUUUGGUGAGGGAAUGUAGUAUGGUAUCACCUUUGACUGUUUUUCUCUUCAGUCAGGCACAAGUUCUGGGAUAUGUCCACAAGGCUUCCACUGGUGAGGACGACGUCAACUCAAGCAAUCAGAUUCUCUUUAUGAUGAAGGAUCGAAAAAAUAUCAGGCUACUCUGUAAUAAAGAAACUGCCACGAUGUUAUUAAAAUUUCGAGACAUAAUGUGGGGAAUUGUACGUUACAUGGUUGCUAAUCAGGGAUUGCCUGUCGAUGAUCAGACUACCUACGAUCGAAUUCAGGACUACAAACAGCAGCUUCUUCAGGUAUUGGGAAAAAUGCUCAGUGAAUCAGCGAAUUCGAUAGACGAGCCUGAGCCCAACACCGAUACUCGAUCUCAGGGAACCGACUGGAGCGAUGAGGAGUAAUUCUUGUAAAUCGUGUACAAUUUAUUGAUAAUUAUAAAAUAUAGAAAUAAUGAUAUUGGUAAACAAUCGCUUUUUU